AUGGACGAGGUGCCGCUCACGUUCCACAUCCCGGUAAAUCACACGGUGGAGUUAACGGGGACUAGCGCCGGGGAGCAGACCGGGUCCACCGCGGGGGAGCGGACGACCGGGUCCACCGCGGGGGAGCGGACGACCGUGUCCACCGCGGGGGAGCGGACCGGGACUCGGGACCACCCGCGGGGGAGCGGACGGGAGGCGGACCGGGUCCCCUGCGGCGCGCAGGCCCAGCAGGCCUUCAGGUCUGAGCCCAGGAACCUUACUGUGUCGAUGGGAGCCACAGCUGUGCUGAAGUGUGAGGUGCUGCGGGCCUCAGGGACUGUGCAGUGGGUGAAAGAUGGCCUCCUCUUGGGACCUCAGAGCAGCCUGCCAGGCUUUCCACGCUACAGCAUGUUCGGAAAGAGAGGACAAUAUCAUCUCAAGAUUGAAAAUGCCCAACUGGAAGAUGAAGCCCCCUACGAAUGUCAAGCUGGCCCGUCCGAGACCAGUGACGCUAUCAUCUCCAACAUAGCCUGGGUCAUCAUGCAAAUUCCUCCAUCCAAGCCGUUCUUCGCCAUGGAUACAACGGCAGCUUGGGUGGCAGGGAAGACCUACGUCGUUACCUGCGUUGCCCCCGAUGCAAAGCCUGAAGCCCAAAUCACUCUGUAUAAAGAUGGAGUCAAGCUGACAGGUGUGGAGUCUUCUAUCACGUCUGGCUCAAAGGAUAAGCUUCAGAGCACACGUGCUGAAAUAACGGUCACCGCCGUGCGCUCCGACGAUGGAAGACCGUUGGAGUGUCGUGCCGUGAACGUCGCCAUCUCCAGGCCUGUGGUGACCACAGUGACCAUGAGUGUGUACUAUCCACCUGAGCCUCCAUUAAUACUGGGUUUGAACAGAGAUGGAGUCAAAGCAGGAAGAGUGCUUGUGUUGGAGUGUGUGUCUAAUGGUGGAAACCCCCGGGCCAAUAUGCAGUGGACCAAGGAUGGAGAGCUUCUUUCCAAAACCUGGGAAGAGGAUGUUGUGGCACAGAAGUCCAGGAUUAUCUUCAGACUGAUGAUCACCCCUGCUGACAACCAGGCAGAGCUGUGCUGUGAAAGCUUCAACAUGGCCUCCCAGUCUCCUCUGUCCGCCACGCAUAAAUUAACCGUGUUCUUUGAUCCUGCAGAGCUGACGCUGUCGGGCUCAUUCGAUGCCAUCGAGGGGCAAGAGUUGAGCCUGAGCUGCUACGCCACCUCAAGUAAUCCUCCUGUCCACAUUCGCUGGUGGUUGGGGUACAAGGAGCUCAACAACUCUGUUGUCAUUAUAGAGGAGGGAGACAAUGGUGGGAUGACAACCAUGUCCAAUGUGACCCAUCGGGUCUCCAGGGAGGACAACGGGCUGAAGCUAACCUGUGAGGCUUUUAACAAGGGCACGCGCUUCUCCAAAAUCACGGCAGAAAAGAUCAGCGUCUAUUACCCUCCUCAAAGAAUAUGGCUUGACGCUCCGCCUGAAGACGUUCCCCUUCGUGCAGGAGCAAAGGCCACGCUAACAUGUCACUCCACCGGAGGGAAUCCCGCUGCAACUCUGACUUGGUUCAAGAACGGAAAGGAAGUGACUCCCGAGCAGAGGCAGACAUCCUCCAAUAUGGCUGUAGCUCGAGAACUGACCCUGGUCCUGACAGCAAGCGACAACAUGGCUACCUACCGCUGUGAUGCCAAAAAUAAGGCCAAGCAGACUAUCUCUGCGGACACUAAGCUCUUAGUUCACUUUACAGCGGUGAGUAUGAAGAUCACAGCCGAGCAGGAGGAGCUCCGUCGAGGUCAGAUACUAACGCUAGAGUGCCUGUCUGGAAGCAGUAACCCAAAAGCAGACGUCUCCUGGACUUUGGGCCCAGUCAGUUUCCAGGGAGUGGAGCAGACAGUCAAGAAGGACGUGUUCGAUGGUAUUUCAGUGCACAGCACUCUGUCCCUGAAUGUGAGCUCCCAGCACAACAACCAAAAGGUGAUCUGCCAGUCCUACAACCCAGAGUUAGCAGAGGGGACCAGCACUUUCUACCAACUCACUGUGCUUUACCCCCCAGAAUUCCGCCCUGAGCAGCCCACAGAGGUCCAGGUGGUGGAGGAUGACACAGCAACCAUCCAGCUGCUGGUCUCAGCUAACCCAGAGGAGCUGUCCUGCUUCUGGCGGGACCCCAAGCACAUGCUGGUCAAAGAGGAAGAUCUGCACUGCCGGCAGUUGGAUGACCACUCUCUGGAGAUUAGGAAUGUCACAAGGAAACACGCAGGAGUUUACACUGUCAAGUGUGAAAAUGAUGAAGGUGUCAACCAAACAUCUAUCAUGCUGGAUGUUCGUUACUCUCCCAGUGUUAGAGCAGAGAAACCCUCAGUGUUUGUUAACCUGGGUGGAACGGCGGACCUGAUAUGUGUGGCAGAUGCCAACCCCAUUAUAUCUGACAUGUUCUCUUGGAAGUGGCUGGGAGAGGAGGAGGUGGAGAUGGGAGAGGAGAGCCAGGAAGACGAAUCAAGCCUUCUGACCAUCCUUGAUGUGACUCGUGCCCAUGCUGGUCUUUACCAGUGCACGGCCAAUAAUGGCAUGGGACUCCCUGCCAGUGUGGAUGUGAAGCUUGUAGUGCAGUUCCAGCCACAGCUUCAGAAGGGAGCCCAGUGGAGGAAGGUAGCGAGCAGAGGGGAUGGCACCGCCACAGCUGAGCUGGUGUGUCAGGCAGAGGGCGUUCCUCGCGUGGACUUCUCCUGGGAAAAAAAUGGCAGACUCAUGGAUUUGGAAAACCCCAGGUAUGAACACGAUAUAGUGAGGGAGGGCUCCUUCCACAUCAGCACACUGCGAGUAGUAAACGUGAGCGCAGGUCUGGACUAUGCUAUCUUCAGCUGCACCGCUCACAACUCACUCGGGGAGGACAAGUUAGACAUCCAGCUCGUCAGCACAAAUCAUCCAGACCCUCCGUCGUCGUUUGGCCAAGUCAGCGUCACCCAUGACAGCGUCACUCUGGAGUGGAUCCCUGGCUUUGAUGGUGGUUUGCGACAGAGAUUUCGUAUAAGAUAUCACUGGCGCCAGUCUGCCAGCUCCCUGUAUGUGGAUGUUGUUCCCUCAGAUGCAGCAAACUUCACUGUGACUGGUCUGCAGCCUGACACCACCUACAGCUUCUCCAUCAAUGCUCUCAAUGCAAUAGGAGAGAGUGGCUAUGCUGACGACAAUGCAGUACUAACCAUCACCACCAAGGAGAGGCCAGAAAUAGAAGAGGUCCCAUUAGAUAAAGACUCUGAUGCUGGGGCAGGAGAGGGCAGCGUGGUGGACCGGCAGAAGAAUGAAGAGGAUGGGUCAAGUCAAUCAACUGUAAGAAACUCCAAUAAGUAUGAGAGCAGAGAAAAGAUCAACACUACGGCCCAGCGCACGCUCCUCAUCGAUUCUGGAUCUGAAACGGACAGCAACGUCUACGAGAGCUAUGCAGCGGAGGAAUCCCAUCGUCAUUAUCCCGCUGGUGACUUCAAGUCUUCUCUCAGUCCCCUCCCUGAGGAAAGACGGGGCCUUGAUGUCCUUCACCUCCCUAUGAACCAUAUUUAUGAAGAUGUAAGGGAUGAGAGGGUGUACCAGGACACUGGGCGCUCCUCUCUCCCUUUCCCUCCAGUUUUGUUUGACCCCCGAUCGCCUCAACAAAAGAGUGACUGGAGCUCACCGAUCUACCCUCAGGGCGUCGUGAGAGCGGGGCAUCACAUGGAUGUGCAGCGACCGCAGAGGGAUUAUGAUCUACCCUUUGAACUGCGAGGAGAGUUGGUCUAGAGUGGGAGGAUAAGGUCAAACAAAGGCCUUUUUGACUCAGCAGUCUAGUAACUAUGUACAGGAUUGCAGAGCUAAUAUUUAGUACUAUUUUGUUCCAUGUCAGUUAAAUUUAAUAGUCUAAUUGAAACGACACCGAAAAGAGCUGAAUGUAGUGUUUUUACAUUUCAUUGUGUAUUCUCUGAUAAUUCUAUUAUUAUUUCAUUAUUUUUAAAGGAGUCAGUUGACUUAAUAUAUAACUCAGUUUUAAAAAGCAAACUUGAAUAGAAGCAUGAAAGACUGGCUGAGUGAACCGAAGGAAAGGAUUGUGAAAGUCCUGGUAACCUCACGCAGCCAGGAAAGUCAGAAUCAAUAUUAGCUUUUAUCUCUCAGUUCAGUUCUUUAUAUAAUAUUUUAAGGUUUAUUUCCUUCUUUCUCUGAGAUCUCCCCGACUUCGGAGCCAAGUCAUGGUUGCUCUGCACAGCCAACUCUAAAACCCCCGCCAGUACACCCCCGCUGGCCUGCAGGUAGACAUGAAUUAGUUGGAUAGACACAAAACAGGAAUGACAUGUGUGUGGUUGCCACUGAAGCAGAAGCAACACAUGCUCACAGGGGCAUCCGAGCAUAAAUCAUCCUUUUGACCCAUCUGACAUCAACAUUUCCCCACAUGUAUCCAGAUGAGAACCUGAUGACAGGGCCCUACUCCCCCACCCCCUCAAUCCUCCCUUCUAUUACAAAAGUGUUCAGCUCUCCCGGCCGGUCGGAGGGAAUCCCUGAAGUGGCAUCAUGUUGAGUGGUAUUUAGCGUCCUUAUGACUUCAGGAGGGGAAAACCAUAUCUAGGUCCUGGCUUUAAUCCUGUUUUCUCUCUGGAGUAAAAGUUCAGCUCUAAACAUCCGUGAGGAUUUUUCUGGGGGGAGGAGGGUUGGAGAGGGCGGGCAGAGAGAGAGGGAGUGACUGAGACCAGAAGCGCAUCGGCUCAGCUGUGCCGCGUGUUACACAACCGUCUUUCUUCUCUACUUCAAACAGAAGCAUUUAAAAGAAGUCCUUGACUGCACAGGCUAUGAUAACUCUUAAUCGUCUUUAUUGAGAGAAGUUCAAAAGAAAUUACAAGGAAAUUAGGAAAUGGGAAAACAAAAGUAAGUGAAUUUCAUGUUAAAAUAAAAAAAAUAAAAAGUUAUUUAAAAAAAAAAAAAAAAACUUUCUGAGACUAAAGGCUGAAAUAUGCUUCUGCGUCACACCAACGCAGAGCACACGCCGCAGCCGUGACGCCGUGCUGAACCCUUCGGACUUCUCCGUCUCUCCAUUUGGUCGCGGUGCAGUACCCCCCGCGGCCACUAGUUAGCGAUCUUUUUCUGAAUGGUUUAUCCGACUUUUUCCGGUCACAGUAAAUCAAAGAGAUAAGGACAACUAUUGUGCAAAAAACAAAAACAAAAAAAAUCACAUAUAAACGAAGAA